AUGUUCCUCACUACAGACCUCAACUAUAUGUCAUUUCUGGAAGCGGCUUUUACAUCAGUCCUGUCCCUGGUUCUGCUCCUGGCUGUAUCUCACCAGCUAUGGUCCCUGAGAUGGCACAGUACUAGAGACAGGAGCAGCAAUUUACCUCUACCCAAGGGCUCUAUGGGAUGGCCAUUUUUUGGAGAAACUCUUCACUGGCUUGUACAGGGCUCAAACUUCCACAGCUCCAGAAGAGAAAAGUAUGGGAACAUUUUUAAAACUCAUCUGCUCGGAAAACCAUUGAUCCGCGUGACCGGCGCAGAAAAUGUCCGCAAGAUCUUGUUAGGAGAACAUCACCUGGUUAGUACACAGUGGCCGCAGAGCACCCAGAUCAUCCUGGGCUCCAAUACUCUGGUCAACUCCAUUGGAGAACUCCAUAGACACAAGAGAAAAAUUAUGGCUAAGGUGUUCAGCCACCCGGCGCUGGAGAGCUACAUCCCCCGGAUCCAGGAGGCUAUGAGUUGGGAGCUGCAUGGCUGGUGCAGGGAACCUGGCUCCAUCUCUAUGUUCUCUUCUGCCAAAGCUCUUACUUUCCGGAUUGCUGCCCGUAUUUUGCUGGGACUUAGCUUGGGGGAGAAGCAGUUUAAGGAGUUGGCCAGAGUCUUUGAGCAACUAGUGGAGAAUCUCUUCUCUCUCCCCCUGGAUAUCCCAUUCAGCGGUCUCCGCAAGGGCAUAAAAGCACGGGAUACUUUGCACCAAUACAUGGAAGAUGCCAUUAGAGAUAAAAUCUCAAGGAGAGAUCCUGAAGUGUGUGAAGAUGCUCUGGACUAUCUGAUAGACAGUGCAAAGGAGAACGGCAAAGAGCUGGACAUGCAGGAGUUAAAGGAAUCAGCCAUUGAGCUUAUGUUUGCUGCCUUCUUCACGACGGCUAGUGCCAGCACCUCACUCAUACUUCUUUUACUCAAACACCCAUCUUCCAUACACAAGCUCAGAAAGGAAUUGGCAUCACACGGGUUAGUCAAGCAAUGCCAGUGUCUCCAUUCUUCAGACAAUCCCAACAACAAUGGUGCUGAAAAGCAGUGUGUGACUGCAGGCUGCCACUCUUCUGUCCUCCUAGGUUCAGAAGGACACGUGAAACAGAUAUGGGAGCAGACGAAACUUAUCUUAGCAGACAGAAAUGAAAGAGAACAAAUUUUAAAGAGAAGAUCCCAAGAUGGCAUGCAAUGGGAGCACCGCUGUGAUAAUAAACUAUACAAGCAGGACUCCCCUAACCAACUGGGUUCAGCCAAGUUUCCCGAAGAAGACGAGGGUCUGACAUGUGAAUGUCGUUGUCAGCUGAACCUAAGUUUGGAGAAACUGAAGAGACUUCAAUAUUUGGAUUGUGUAGUGAAGGAAGUUCUGAGGCUGCUCCCACCCGUCUCAGGAGGCUACAGGACGGCUCUGCAGACCUUUGAACUGGAUGGCUACCAAAUCCCCAAAGGUUGGAGCGUUAUGUACAGUAUAAGAGAUACUCAUGAAACUGCAACCAUCUAUCAGAACGCUGACUCUUUUGACCCCGAUCGGUUCUGUACAGAACAAGAUGAUGGAAAAGCUAGCAGAUUCAAUUAUAUCCCCUUUGGAGGCGGCGUUCGUAGCUGUAUCGGCAAAGAACUUGCACAAAUAAUACUGAAACUUCUCGCCAUAGAAUUGGUGGGCACUGCCAAAUGGGAAUUAGCUACACCAAGUUUCCCCAAAAUGCAGACUGUCCCUAUAGUGCACCCUGUAGAUGGACUGCAGCUCUUCUUCCGAUUUCUAAAAUCUAGUGACAAUGACACAAAUUCUGAGAACGUAUGA